CGUCACGCACCAUAACAGAAUCCAAAGUGGAGGCUCGUCAAAAGUUGUGACUGGAGCUGCUUGAGGGCAGUUCACUAACAUUUACAGAAUCGCAUUCCUGCUGCUAUGCUGCAGUGCUGCAAUCGACUUAUCUCUUUUACCUGUUGAGUGUGUGCCGUGUAAGUACGCGGAUUCGAACUCCGGUUAGUUUCGCAUUAGGCCAGUACUUCUUGUAUUUAUUAUUGGCAGGUUUUGAAAAAAUGUUUCUUUAUGUAAACUGUUGAACGUGAGGGUUUUAACCACAGUUCAGUGAUAAGAAUAAGGUAUUUAAGGUAGUUGCUUGUGCUGUUGCGGUGCGUUUUGUAUUGACAUGCGAAUUUGGGGAGCCUGAAAGAAGCCAGUGGCCAGUUUCUUGCAACUAUUUCGCGAAGACAGGACGUUGACCACCGACAAAAUGAAGAUGCCCAAAAAGUAUACACUGAAUAAAAUGGCAGAUAGUGGCCAAGCAAAAACCUUUCCCCAGUACAUUGCGGCAUUGUCCGUAUGUCUGGGAGCUGUAGCAGCUGGUGCUGUAUUGGGCUGGACAUCAAACAUUUCGAAAGACCUACAGAAGGGAGGAUUAAAUGACCUUGUCAUAAGCGAUGACCAAUUAGGAUGGAUUGGUUCCUUUGUGACUCUAGGAGCUUUGCUGAUGUGUUUUCCAAUCGGCUACAUUUGCGAUUUAAUCGGAAGAAAAUGGGGAUGUCUUCUAACACUCAUACCAUUUACAGUUGGCUGGCUUUUAGUGAUAUUUUCUUCCAGUGUCAGUGUAAUUUACGUCGGAAGAUUUUUGACAGGUUUAGCAGGAGGAUCUUUCUGUGUAGCUGCUCCCAUAUACACUGCGGAAAUUGCACAAGCCAGUAUAAGAGGAGCCCUAGGAAGCUAUUUCCAGUUACUCUUGACAGUUGGAAUUCUCAUAGUUUAUGUUGGUGGAGCUUGGAUGCAUCCAAAGGACCUUGCUAUACUCUCUGCCGUGAUACCAAUCGUUUUUGCAGUAGUCUUCUUCUUUCAACCUGAAACACCUAUCUAUUUAAUGAAGAAAAAUCGACCAGAGGAAGCCAAAAAGGCGUUGCAACGAUUACGUGGAAACGCAUACGAUUGCGAUGCGGAACUAAAAGAAAUACAACUGAGCUUUGAACAGGGCUCAUCAGAAAAAUCUUUCAUGACAGUUCUAAAAACUAAAGCUGCCAUUAAGGCUUGCUUGAUUACGUUUAGCCUUAUGUUUUUCCAGCAAAUGAGCGGUAUCAACGCUGUUAUUUUUUACACUGGAAAGAUAUUUGAAGCUUCUGGUUCAAGUUUGGAUCCUGCCGUAGGAACCAUAAUUGUAGGAAUUCUUCAAACGUCAGCAACAUUUGGAUCAUCUUUGAUUGUCGAUAAGUUUGGACGAAAGAUUUUAUUAUUGAUUUCUAUUGCGUUUAUGGGACUUUCUGAGUUUGUUCUGGGGCUGUUCUUUACAUUUAAAGAGAGAAGUGUCUUAGAUGACGAUCAGCUUAAAGCCAUUGGAUUCUUACCGAUUAUCUGUUUAGGUAUUUACAUUGUAAUGUUUUCAGUUGGUUUUGGACCGAUUCCAUGGAUGAUCUCUGCCGAAUUAAUGCCUGAAGAGGUUAAGUCUACGAUGGUUUCAGCUGCAGCUACCUUCAAUUGGUUUUUGGCGUUCAUAGUGACCAAAUUUUAUGUAAAUCUAAAGACAAGUAUAGGAGGGGAUGUGACGUUUUAUAUUUUCUCUGGUAUAUGUAUUGGUGGAGCAGCUUUCGUGUUGUUCUGCGUACCAGAGACCAAAGGCAAGUCUGUUGCUGAAGUCCAGGCUCUUCUUAGCGGUGAUAAGACGGCCCCAGUUUCAAACGAAAAAGAGGGUAUUGAUAAUCCUACAUUCGAUAAAAACUAGGUUAGGUUUUAAUAUUUGUACCUGAAUUUUGUACUAGAAAAAUUUUAAUUACUGACUUUCUUCAACAUUUUUGUUAUCUCGUAUAUUAUUUUUCCCAAACAAACUGUAGAAUAAUAUAACAAAUAGUAUUUGUCUAUUUUUUAACAAAAAUCUUAGGCUGUAAGUGUACAGUUGAUGGUAUUUUCUUAAAGAGGACUACAUAAUUUGGACUGUAAAUAUUUUAUGAUUUUACGACCUCUUAAAGACAGUAUUAUCAUUUAUACAAUGUGAGCGUUUUGGUUGGAAAUUUUAAAAUAUCUACAUUAGGUUAGGUUAUGUUAGACAUUUAUUUUCAAUAAUCAUUAUAAUAAUGACGUAAUAAUGAUAUGAUGAUGCCAUCCAAUAUUUUUAUUAAUAGCCCAUUUCAUCAUCUGACGAGCGCAUGCGCAGCCGCCAUGCUUUUCCCGCAUUAAGGGUAUGUUGAACAUAACCAUGUUGGGUGCUGUAUUCUUUGGUCAUAUACACAUGUUCAACAAAUUUCUCUUAAUUUUUUGAUAACAAUUUCCGGACUGCAAAUCAAAACUUCAAGUACCUUUUAGGGCAAAUAUGUAAUUGUCAUUAUAACCAAACUGUAGCUAAUCCCAUAUAAACAUAACAUUUAAAUUAUAAAUGUUCUAAAUUUAUUUUUAAUAUUUAUAAUAAUUAAUAUACCUAGUUUUUUUUUUUGGAGUUGUAUGACUACGGGUCCUUCAAAGCUCAUUCGCCGAUUCACCAAUUUUGCUCAUAUAUAGUUAGUUGAUUUUUUUGUUAAUUAGUCAUAAUUAAUUCCUAAAUAUCUUAUUUUUAAACUAUAACUUUCUGCAUAUCAGUAACUAGUAAGUUUGGAGAAUAAGAAAAAACAAUUGAAUGACGUUAUCACUGCAAACAUUAUUGAAAAUAAAAGUAAAUUUAUAUUUUAAAAUUUGACGCGUUUCAGCGUCACGUUUGAAGCUUAUGUCAACUGAAUACUUUAAAGUUUCCAACCUAAAUACCCACACUGUAUAUAGUUCCACAUAUAUUUUAUUGUAUUUUAAAUAUGUUUAUGUAUGCCAUGUUUGAUAUUAUUCAUUGCUUAAUUUAUUAUUUUAUUUAUAAAGAUUAAAGAUAAAAAAGUGA